AGUAGCGGCUGAGGAGGCUCGGCUCGGUUUCGUGCUUGGGCGCGGGGGAGGGUACCCUCUUCCCUUAAAAAAAAAAAAACCGCCCCCCGUAUCCGUUCUCUCUGUCUCCCUCACCCCCCACCCUCCUACACCCCACCCGCCUUCCCUUCGCCAUGACUGGCGCGCAGCUGCUGUUGGCCGUCGCGCUCCUGGUGGCUAAUUCGCCCUCCGGCCCGGCCUUCUACCUGCCCGGCCUGGCGCCCGUCAACUUCUGCGACGACCCGGACAAAUCCGACUGCAAGCCUGUGAUAGAGCUAUUUGUGAAUAGACUAGACUCUGUGGAAUCAGUCCUUCCAUAUGAAUAUACUGCGUUUGAUUUUUGCGAAGCAUCUGAAGGGAAACGUCCAUCUGAAAAUCUUGGUCAGGUGUUGUUUGGAGAACGGAUUGAACCCUCGCCAUAUAAGUUUACCUUUAAGAAAACAGAGACUUGCAAGCAUGUUUGUACAAAAGAAUAUGAUUUGAAAAACCCAGAUCACAAGCAAAAACUAGAUUUUCUGAAAAAGAGUAUGCUACUGAACUAUCAGCAUCAUUGGAUUGUGGAUAAUAUGCCAGUAACUUGGUGUUAUGAUGUGGAAGAUAACCAAAGGUUCUGCAAUCCUGGAUUUCCCAUUGGUUGUUACUUAACAGAAGAUGGACAUCCCAAAGAUGCCUGUGUUAUCAGUUCUGAGUUCCAUGAACAUGACACCUUCUACAUAUUCAACCAUGUGGACAUCAAAAUAGCCUACCACAUGGUAGAAAAUGAAGCUCCCAGCGCAAGACUAGUAGCUGCUAAACUUGAACCAAAAAGUUACAAGCAUACUAACCCUGACAGCCCAGACUGCACGGGACCACCUAUGGAUUUAAGUAACAAGCUUGCUUCUGGAAAUGUCAAAAUUCCCUACACAUAUUCAGUUACUUUUGAGAAAAAUGAUGAAAUCAGGUGGGCCUCCAGAUGGGAUUACAUUUUAGAAUCCAUGCCUCACACACAUAUACAAUGGUUUAGCAUUAUGAAUUCUCUUGUGAUUGUCCUUUUCCUGUCUGGGAUGGUUGCUAUGAUCAUGCUAAGAACUUUGCAUAAAGACAUUGCAAGAUAUAAUCAGAUGGAUUCUACUGAAGAUGCCCAGGAAGAAUUUGGUUGGAAACUGGUUCAUGGUGACAUAUUUAGGCCCCCAAGAAAAGGAAUGCUACUCUCAGUGUUUCUGGGCUCUGGAACACAGAUUUUAAUUAUGACUUUUGUUACUCUAUUUUUUGCUUGCCUUGGGUUUUUGUCACCUGCAAAUCGGGGGGCAUUAAUGACCUGUGCUGUGGUCUUGUGGGUGCUGCUUGGAACCCCAGCAGGUUACGUUGCUGCCAGAUUCUACAAAUCAUUUGGGGGUGAAAAAUGGAAGACAAAUGUUCUGCUGACAGCCUUCCUUUGCCCUGGCAUUGUGUUUGCCGAUUUCUUCAUCAUGAAUCUGAUUCUCUGGGGAGAACAUUCCUCUGCAGCCAUUCCAUUUGGUACUUUGGUUGCCGUUCUAGCCCUCUGGUUUUGCAUAUCUGUACCACUGACGUUCAUUGGGGCCUACUUUGGUUUCAAGAAGAAUGCCAUAGAACAUCCAGUUCGUACUAAUCAGAUUCCUCGUCAGAUUCCUGAGCAGUCAUUUUACACGCAGCCAUUACCUGGUAUCAUAAUGGGAGGCAUUCUGCCCUUCGGAUGCAUCUUCAUACAACUUUUCUUCAUUCUUAAUAGCAUAUGGUCUCAUCAGAUGUAUUACAUGUUUGGCUUCUUGUUUCUGGUGUUCAUUAUUCUGGUUAUCACAUGUUCUGAGGCUACUAUUCUACUUUGCUAUUUCCACUUGUGUGCGGAGGAUUAUCACUGGCAGUGGCGCUCAUUUCUCACCAGUGGCUUUACCGCUGUUUAUUUCCUAAUAUACGCAGUACACUACUUCUUUUCCAAACUUCAAAUUACGGGUACAGCAAGCACCAUUUUAUACUUUGGGUACACUAUGAUAAUGGUACUGAUCUUCUUCCUUUUCACAGGAACAAUUGGAUUCUUCGCAUGCUUCUGGUUUGUGACCAAAAUAUACAGCGUUGUAAAAGUGGAUUGAAGAAACUGUAAAAUAUAGGAGCCAUCAUCCUAAUAUAAUGAUACGCUUCUGAAGAAGAAUUUAAGCUUUAUCUGAAGUAUUGACUUCUGUACCUUGUGAAUGAUGCUGAAUAUACAUUUUGCCCACCCAAAACAUUUGUAUUAUAACUUUGCAAUUUGUUUUCACUUGGGUGUUCUUACUGAAGGUUGAAGUUAAAUAUUGUAUGCGUUUGUAAAUGUUGCUUAUAGUAGAACUUUUAAAUUCUAAAUGACUGGCUAGAAGUGAGUACAUUACAGAAUUUUUAAUGAUACUUCUAAAUAAAUAACGGGUGUAAAUACAGUUUUCUAGGCUUGUUGAGUGGGGUUAAUUAUCCCCCUGCCCCAGUGAAAUAACUUCUUUCUAUCAUGACUUGGAAGGUUGACUCGUGUGUUGCUUUUGAUUUUUUUUCCCUGAUUUUUUUUUAUAUUGGAGUUAUGGCCAUAAAUCCACCUCACUUUUUCUGUGACUUCAUUAGGUUCCAGUGUUGUUGGCCUUUGGAACCAUGUGCCUCUUGAGUCUUGGGAAUCUAUCCAUUCAUAAUUGUAAUAAUUACUAUCAACAUUUUCAGUGGAUCAUCACAUAUUAUAAAUAAACCCAUGAAAUUUUGUAAAUACAGAUAUAUUGAUAUGUUUUAAAAAUAUGUAGAUUAUAUUUGUUAAAUUUUAGGUUGGUUUACCUUUUUUUUUUUUUUUGUUAAUCUGCUCUACCCUAUAUAGAUGUAACUGUUCAUAACUGCACUACACUGUCAGUUCUAAUCCGCUAGCGUAACUAGAUUAAGAGACUGGAUAAUAUGUUGAGAAGAUCUGCAUACAGAGAAGGAAGACGCACUGUCAAGUGUGCUCACAACAGAUUUUAAUGAUUCAUAUUAUGUAGAAUUGAUUGGGGAGGGGUUGGACAUACACAAGCAGAAAUGCUGUUUGUCUUGUAUUAAUAGAAUGGUUCAAUUUGCUAGAUGUGGAAUUGACAUUAACCCAUAUGCAUCCUCAGAAAAAAGCAAUGGAAACAUGUUUAUCAUGUUGAGUUGGUUUGAGUUUACGUUAAUGCCUGCAUGUCUCCCACAAGAGCAUAUCUGCAACCAAGUUAAACUGCAUGUUUUGGGCUCAGACAUUCUGAUUGGAGAAAAGAACCUAUGUUUUUUCUAAUAUGUUCUUUCUAAAGAUCAUAAACUAAUGCUUGAAUAUUAAAAUCCAAUAAAAGUAUCUUUUGUUAAUAA